GCCUUAGUCGAUUCUGGAGCAAAAGGAAUGUUCAUCAAUGAAUCGUUUGCAAAGAAAGCCGGACUCCAUCUUCUCAAAUUGCAGAAGGAAGUCAAGAUUCGCAGUGUCGAUGGAAGAACUGUUCAUGCAGGAAUGUACGAAUGGAAUGAUGACUUCCUUGUCAUCGACUUAGGAAAAGAAGACGUGAUCAUUGGCAAUACGUGGCUUCAUGAUCACAACCUGAUUAUCAAUUGGCAAACGGGU